AUGUCACAAGUAGUGUCGUCAAAGGUAGACAGCUAUGACAUACCCAAUAAUAUUCCAUCUCAAACUGGCGUGGAACAAAUUUGGCCCCAAUGUCACACCGAUGCGCAUGCGUUAUGGGAGAAAACAUACAGACUCGUUGGAUUAGGCUUCCACCUGGUAAAUGCGGAUGGAUCAUGCUUAUAUGGAGCACAGACGUCACACAAUGUACAGUCAGUGACGCAUGCGGAGCUGGAUGAUAUCACUUGGGCAAUGGAAAAUGCAAGCGACAUAGGACAUACCUCCAUACAUCUGUUAUCUCCAAGUGUUUGA